CUCAAAAUUCUUAAACAUGCACAUUGAUGCACGUUGAUGCACCUGUGCUGUACACCUCUUCUGCUAUUGACUUGAUACAGCUGCAAUGAGUUUACUCAAAGUCACCGUCGUUCUUUUGUGUUUGAGGCUUGAUGAUAGCUCUGCACCUACCGUUUACUACCUUGACGACGAAUGCAACAAAACAACCAGAAUGACGAAGGACGUGAGAUUCCAACUAACCCUCCACCCUAAUGUCCAUCUGCGCUACAAUUGGUUGUGUACCAGCACCGUCAAGACAGAUGUAGCAGGUGACCUUCUCCUUGUCGGCGUCAGAAGUCUCAACACAGUAUCAACAUCCAGCUGCACCCAAAACAGCUUGACAAUAAUGGAUACUGACAAGGAGACAGCUUUGAAUGGGAUGCACGGGGAGUGUGGGUCUACAAUGUCCAAUAGGAGCUACACUACCCAGGGAGACGCUGUCACACUCAAGUUCCGGACAGAUGAUACUACCCAGAUUGGUCAAUUUGACAUCCUUGUCACGUCCUUCAAUAUGGCCAUAAACCAUACUUGUUUAAGUAGUCGUUAUUUAUGCAACAACAACCGCUGCAUCAACAAGUUUUUAACCUGCAAUGGCUUCGACGACUGCGGCGACGACAGUGAUGAGAUUGAUGGAUGUAGUGAUACCAUAAGUGGAGCUGCCAUUACAGGCAUCGUCGUUGGAGUGUUGCUAUUCUUUGCUGUAUGCGUAUCCCUUGCCAUCAUUGGACGAUCCAAGAGUACCAACUAUCGGAGACUUGAUGAGCUCCGGCCUAUCAAGUUCACCAAUAGGGGCUACUUAGGCGAUAUCCAGUAUAGGAAACAGCCGUCGUACCGGAAGUAGUUCUAUCUGGAACACGACCACUUGGACGACAUCAACGUGAAUGACUAUCGCAUCAGGACAUGUACAACAUCACAGGACAUGUUAUAGGAACUAUUGUGUAUCGAUGUUUGUUGUUUAAAACGCCGCGCUCAGCAAUAGUCCAGCUGUAUGACGGUUCCCUAUGAUGACUCGGAUCUGGACCAGACAAUCCAGUAACUGACAUCACAAGCAUCGAUCUACGUAAUUGGGAUACGAUGACAUGCAACAAAGCCACCGAGUAAUCAAACUUAUGUUAAAUCAAUAUUUUCAUCUUUUUGUAAUGUGUCUGUUUGUUUGUUUGUUUGUUGUUUACCGCCGUACUCAGCAAUAUUCCAACUACAUAACGGUGCUCUGUAAAUAGUCGAGUCCGAACCAAACAAUCUAGUGACUGACAUGA